CAUUUACUGCGCAUGCGUACAGAAUUCUGCCCGGACGCGAGCAACGCGUUGAACGAGGAAGGGUGUACCGUUAAAAUAGUAUAUUUUAACGCUUCAUUUUACUUUUAGCGUCUUCACAACCAACCAAAAACAUGUCAGGAGAUGAGAUGAUAUUUGACCCCACUAUGACCAAAAAGAAGAAGAAAAAGAAGAAGCCUUUCAUGCUUGAGGAAGAUGGAGGAGAGGGUGAUGAAGGCCAGCAACUGGAGACGAAAGAGAUGGAGGCUGAUGGAGGGGAGGAAAAAGAGAUAGAUUUUGAUGAAGAUGAGGGGAGGAAGAAAGAAACAUCAGAUGACCUGGACGACCUGAACUUCUUCAACCAGAAGAAAAAGAAAAAGAAAUCGAAAAAGGAAAAGAUUUUUGAUGCUGAGCUUGAAGAAGGAAUGAAGGAGCUGAAGAUUGAAACAGAGCCACCAGAGGCGUUCGAGGAUGAUGACUUAAUGCUGCCCGCUAAGAAAAAGAAAACAAGAAAAGUUAAAGAUUUCCAAGAGGACACAGACAUUCAGGGCAAAGAUGACGGUGUUGAAGAUGAUGACUGUAAAAACGCAGAUGACAUCACAUUCAGCACACAGAUGGGUCCUGCCUGGGCGGGCUCAGAGAGAGACUACACAUAUGAUGAGCUUUUGAACAGAGUAUUUAACAUCAUGCGGGAAAAGAAUCCAGACAUGGUUGCAGGAGAGAAGAGGAAGUUUGUGAUGAAACCUCCUCAAGUUGUCCGAGUCGGCACAAAGAAGACUUCCUUUGUAAAUUUCACAGACAUCUGCAAACUGUUGCACCGACAGCCAAAACAUCUUUUGGCUUUUUUGCUGGCUGAGUUAGGUACAAGUGGGUCUAUAGACGGAAAUAAUCAGCUUGUCAUCAAAGGCAGAUUCCAGCAGAAACAGAUAGAGAAUGUCUUACGAAGAUAUAUAAAGGAAUACGUGACAUGCCACACGUGUCGGUCUCCUGACACAAUCUUGCAGAAGGAUACACGUCUGUACUUCCUGCAGUGUGAGACGUGUCAUUCCCGAUGCUCAGUCGCCAGCAUCAAGACCGGCUUCCAGGCCGUGACGGGCAAGAGAGCACAGUUGCGUGCCAAAGCCAACUAAUGCCUGUCCCUUUGCCAUCACCCACCAUUAUACGGCCCACCUGAACACCUGUGCUCCAUGGCCAAACUCAACAAAUCAGCUCAAUUGCAGAUUUCACCAGAAUCUAAACUAGAACAGAGUUCUAAUAAAAUACAUGAAAUCUCCAUUAUAGAAUUGCCUAUGCACAUGGAAAUAUAGAAUUUGCAAAGUCUUGAUUUGUUUAGUUUGGCUGUGUGAGCUUGCAGUGCUGUGAGAUAUUGAGGGAGAUCGCGAGGCCUGGAGGAUUUUAUGAAUGAACUGUUGGUGAAUUUGUUGUAUUACCUUAAAAAAAUAAAAUAAAAAUAAACAAAAUUUAUACCAGCUGGGCAAA